AAGAUGGGGUGCACUUAUUCUGUGUACGGAGUUGGGAAGAAGAAGAAGCUGAGUAUCCAAGAAGUGGUUGUAUUUGCUCCUUGCAUGAGAACUCCAGCACAUUGUGAUCUUCAACGAGCGCUCAAGGGCUUAAUACCUCGUGAUGUUAUCGACAGAUUGUUUUGUCUAAGGAACCGGAUUGCGUUGAUUGCAGAGGGCACCGGUGGAUCUGCAAUUACCGAACUGCAGCAGGCCCUGGAGGAGUACAUGUCGAUUCUGGUUGGACUUACUAAGAAAGAACAUGGUCUUGAGAACUUGGUGGAAUUCAAGUGGAAAAAUUUACAAGAUGGAAGACAAGAGACUAUUUUAGCAAACGUCUGGUUUGAAUUGUUAUCGGUUGUUCAUAUGAUGGCUAUGCUCACAUUAUCUGAGGCUGACACACUUAUGAUCCCCAAGGAUUAUUCUGGUUCUGGCUUACGGGUCGUUUCUACAGAUUGUAAGAGAGAUGCAGUUGCUUUAUUGCUCAAGGCUGCAGGGUACCUGGAAUUUUGUGUCCGGAACGUACUGUGUCUUAUACCACCGGAAAUCAAGCAAAGUAUGUCAAAAGACUUGCAGGAUGGUGUACUGGAAGCUACUUCCAUCCAAGCAUUAGGCCAGGGAACCGAAAUACAGCUUGGUUUAGCUAUUGAAAGUCAAAAGGCUACUUUAUCAGUGAAGAGGAGGUUGGCCUGUGAACUGCUGAUCUAUUACAGUCAGGCUUAUCAAUGCUUGUCUGGAUGUGACUUAAGCCAUGGGUAUGGGAAGAAACAUAUGUGGUUCAUCAAAUGGAAAUUUGUUGAAGCAAAGGCUGCUGCUUAUUACUACCACGGCCUGGUUCUCGACAAGGGUAGUGAACCAACCUGUCAUACUAGUGCCGUGUGCUGUUUCCUAGCUGCACAAGAGCUACUGGUAGAAAGCAAGAAAGCUUGCAUAAGCUUUUGCCUUGCAGCUCCCGUAACCAGGGCACCUCCCCUUUGGGGAGCUAUGAAGCAUUUACAUCAGAAAAUACCGGAGGUUGCAUCAAGGAAAUCACAGAUGUAUGGCUGCCUCUUAGAACAAGAGAAGGCUCUCCAAACAUUACCUGAACUACCAUAUUUUCAACUAUCACUGAGACCUGAUGACUAUGAACUACCUGCAAUGGAUCCUGUCUGGGAUUCUCAAAACUUGGAAAAACAGGGCCAGCCCCUACAAGAACAUCUCAAAGACUGUGAAGAUGAGAUUGAAAUAGAAUGAAAGCAUUUUUUUACAGUAUUUUUUUCCUCAUUGUAUCUUUAUUCUUAUACAAGCUUACCUUAUAUAGAAACGCAGACAGUCACAAGCAAUGAAUGAUUGUUAAAA